AAGUGCUAAAAGACAAAACCAAACAGACAGACAAGACUCAAACUUUUGACAGUGGACUAUCUUUGUACAUCAAGAGUGAAUACUUCAGAAAAUGUGUAAAGGAUUAGCUGCCUUGCCCCAGACAUGUCUGGAGAGGAACGCUAGUGUCCCUCAUUUAUGUUCAAGGGCUAAAGAGAUAAAGACUAAAUUGGGAACCCUGCUCCAGAAGCCAGAGAAUGCCAUUGACCUCAUCAUUCCAUAUCCAGAAAAGUUGGAGAAGAAGCCAGAAAAACUUCAGAAACCGACCCCUGAAGAAGCCAUGCAGUGGCGUGAAUCCCUGGACAGGGUGCUCAUGAACAGCUAUGGUCUGGCCACUUUCAGAAGCUUCCUGAGAUCUGAGUUCAGUGAGGAGAACAUUGAGUUCUGGGUGGCUUGUGAGGACUUCAAAAAGACAAAAUCCCUGGUGAAAAUGGCCACCAAAGCUAAAAAGAUCUAUGAGGAAUUCAUUCAGACAGAGGGUCCGAGAGAGGUCAACAUUGACCACUUCACCAAGGACGUGACACUGAGAAACCUGGUGGAGCUGUCCCCAGCCACAUUUGACCUGGCCCAGAAAAGAAUCUACGCCCUGAUGGAGAAGGACUCCUUCGGCAGGUUUUUGAGAUCCGAGCAGUACCAGGAACUGCUCAAGUAACAGCAUGGCCUGACUACAAGGGCCAUGAUGGUUUCUGAUGAGGCAUUUUAUUUACAAGCACCCCAUCAAACUUGAUAAAAUUAUAUGGGGAGACAAUAACAAAACAAUCUGAAUUCCAUCUGAUUCAUAAUCACCAGUUUCAGUGCAGCCAAAUGGAAUGCCAUGUCAAAGCUUUAAAUAGUCUAUGCAUACAAUUUCAAACAACCUACUUGCAUUUCCAAUGUCACUGCAUUGCCAACAAAGCCAACAAAAAUCAGUUUUAAGCCGUAUUGAAGCAGUAAUUUUUUAAGCGUCAGACUGAAAGUAAUUGUACACCAAAAAAGAAAUAUUCCAUUUUAGAAUGGCACAGGUAUGUCAAAGAAGGGUUCAAAAUAUGGAAUGCUUGGUGUUUUUCAGACUCCAUUCUUUACAUUUCAUAACCCAUGUUAUGUUUCAAUAAAGGUAGUUUUUAUCAUCAGUUAAUGUCUUUCUGUGGCCUUACAAAGUGCCAUGAACAAACUCUACUGUACAUCAUUUAGCCUAUAUAAGAUGUUUCAUGCAUAAUAGUUUAUCAUACCAGUGUAGACAUCUCACAUAUUUGCUUAUUUUCUUUUUUUCUACACUAAAAGCAGUAACACCUUCAUAUUUCCAUAUUAUUGCAUCUGAUAAGACCAAAUAUCACUUAUUUAGUCAGCACAUUUUAUGUAUGUGUGUG